AUGUCCGAGAACAAUAUUCCCCCAAAUUCAACGCCGCAGGCCGCGUCCACCGCGGCACCUGUCGCCAGUGAGCAGCCUGGGCAUGCUGUUGCGCAGGCUACCCCGACGCCGACCGCAUCGGUGACGGCGACCGCAGCCGCUGCCACCGCAGCUGUCAACAACUCGCUCAACGGCGCAGGAGAGCAACUACCCUGCCAGUGGGUGGGCUGCACUGAGAAGUGCCCCUCCGCCGAGGCGCUCUACGAACACGUCUGCGAGCGCCAUGUUGGCCGCAAGAGCACUAACAACUUGAACUUGACAUGCCAGUGGGGCAACUGCAACACUACCACGGUCAAGCGCGAUCACAUCACCUCACACAUCCGCGUGCAUGUGCCUCUCAAGCCGCACAAGUGUGAUUUCUGUGGCAAGGCCUUCAAGCGCCCUCAGGAUCUAAAGAAACACGUCAAGACCCAUGCCGACGACUCGGAGAUCCGCUCCCCCGAGCCGGGCCUGAAGCAUCACCCCGAUAUGAUGUUCCCCCAAAACCCCAAAGGAUAUACUGCUGCCACCCACUAUUUUGAAGGCCCAAUGAACGGCGUUUCCAACGCCGCAUACACUCAUGGAGCUCCCCAGUACUACCAGACACACCCGCCCCCUCCGGCCGCCAACCCUCAUUCGUAUGGCAAUGUCUACUAUGCGUUGAGCCAAGGCCCCGAUGGCAACCAAUCGUAUGACCGCAAGCGGGGAUACGAUGCUUUGAACGAGUUCUUUGGUGACCUGAAGCGACGCCAAUUCGAUCCGAAUUCCUACGCGGCUGUUGGCCAGCGCCUGCUUGGACUCCAGGCUCUUCAACUUCCGAUUCUGAACGGCCCUGUCCACGAAUAUCACCAGCCCAUGGCUGCUGCUGUCCCGGUGGGCGGUGGUGGCGGCUAUAGCCCUGGUGGUGGUCAUGCUCCAGCGUACCAUCUCCCCCCAAUGUCAAAUGUCCGCACCAAGAACGAUUUGAUCAACAUCGAUCAGUUCUUGGAGCAGAUGCAAAACACCAUCUACGAAAGCGACGAGAAUGUUGCCGCCGCCGGUGUUGCUCAACCCGGUGCGCAUUACCUUCCUCCUAGCCAUGUUACCGCGGCUUCCUCCGCUCCUAUGAUGGCCGCCACUGCCCACUCUCCCUCCACUGGCACUCCCGCCCUGACUCCGCCUUCGAGCGCUCAAUCGUACACCUCACAACGGUCGCCGAUCUCUCUGCCCCAGAGCCAUCGCGUGUCACCACCUCAUGAGAGCGGUGUUGGCAUGUACCCCCGUCUACCGUCGGCCACUAUGCCUGACAACAUGACUGCGGGCUACCCGACCAGUGCGGCCCCACCGUCUACUCUGAGUGGCGCCUUCGAUCACGAUGAUCGUCGCCGCUACACCGGUGGCACCCUACAGCGCGCCCGCCCCGCCGAGCGUGACCUAGACGAGAACCGCAUGGACACCUCGGCCGAUAGCAAGACCGAUGGCGCGCGCACUCCCACCAAGGAGCACCCCGACAUCGCCUCGAGCCUCAUCGACCCCGCCCUGUCCAGCAACUCCCCUGACCCUGACAAGGAGGCUGCCCAGCGAACCGCUCAAGCGGCCACCGAGGUGGCUGAGCGGGAUGUCAAUGUCGCGUGGGUGGAGAAGGUCCGGCUACUGGAGAAUCUCCGGCGCCUGGUCUCCGAGCUCCUGGAGCAGGGCCGCUUCGACGGCGCCUUGGCAGGCCACAGUGGACCGGAGGAGUCCCCCACCCCGUCGGGCGACGGCUCCAUGGACGGCAUUGAGACGGCCAAUACACGGGUCUCUCCCGAGCACGCCAAGGAGCCGACCAAGACUGAGGAGAGCGAGGCAGUCCUUUACCCGACCCUGCGCGGGCUGGACGAGGACGGCGAUGCCAAGAUGCCUGGGGACGAGUAA